AUGGUGGUGACGGACGGCGGAGUGGAGGGGGAGCGCCCGGCGCCAGCGCCGGCGGUGCGGAAGGAGCGGGGCCGGAGCCACAGCGAGGCCGAGCGCAAGCGACGGCAGCGGAUCAACGCGCACCUCGCCACGCUCCGCACCCUCGUCCCCUCCGCAUCCCGGAUGGACAAGGCGGCGUUGCUGGGCGAGGUGGUGCGGUACGUGCGGGAGCUUCGCGGGAAGGCGAGCGAAGCGGCGGAGGGCGUCGGCGCCGGCGUCAUCCCCGGGGAAGGCGACGAUGUGGGCGUCGAGGAGGAGGAGGACGACCGCUGGCGGCCCGGAGGCCGCCGCUGCGGCACCGGCGGGCUGCUCGGGACGGGCGCCGCCGACGGCCGCCUGCCGCCGCGGCGCGUCAGGGCGUGGGUGUGCUGCGCGGACCGCCCGGGGCUCAUGGCCGACCUGGGCCGCGCCGUGCGGUCCGUCGGGAACGCGCGCCCCGUCCGCGCCGAGAUCGCCACCGUUGGGGGGAGGACCCGCGGCGUCGUGGAGCUGGACGUCUGCCGCGACGACGACCACGUGGCGGCCGCAGCCACGGACAAAGGCGGGGCGGUGGCGCUGUCCACGCUGCGGGCGGCGCUGCGCGCCGUGCUGCUCAACCGGGAGGACCACCUCGCCGCCGCCGAGGGGUACAAGCGGCCGCGCUUCUCCGCGCAGAUCGCCAAGGUGAAGUGA